AUGAAGCACCCAGCUUAUGAUGUUCAGAUCUGCUUCUACAUCUCCAUUUUGAUCCAAUUCCACCCCUUUCUGGAGAAGAAUGAAUUAUGCAAUCUUUCCCAUCUGGAACUGUACUUGGACCAAAAAGGAGAUGUAGUAGCAGAUCUGAAUAUCAUGAGCUCCGUGAUUAUCCCUGAGGACGAUCCCAUUGAAGAACAAAUUGGGAGCUUGGAAAGACAAAGACUUAUUGUCAACCAAGAUGUUCUACCACGGCUAGAACUGUUCAACAAGUCUCUGCCUCAGUCCAAAUGUGUGGAUAAUUGUCUUCCUGGAUUUUUCAAACGGACCCGGGAAGAUACUGAAAAAUGCACCAAGUGUUCAGAUGACCAAUAUCCAACCAAAACCCGAGUCCGUUGUAUCCCCAAAAGAAGGAACUUUCUGUCCUAUGAAGGAAAACUGGGUAUCACCCUUGUUUCUGUGGCCCUACUCUUGUUCCUAAUCACAGUCCUUAUUUUAAUCAUAUUCAUUAAAUACCUAGAAACUCCCAUUGUCAAAGCCAACAACCGGGACCUCUCCUUCAUCCUCCUGGUCUCCCUCCUACUUUGCUUCUUGACCUCCAUUUUCUUCAUUGGACGCCCAAGGAAAGCCACCUGUCUUCUCCGACAAACAGUGUUCAGCAUUGUCUUCUCAGUAGCUGUGUCUUCUGUAUUCGCCAAAACAAUUACAGUGGUGCUGGCAUUCCUGGCCACAAAACCAGGGAACAGGAUGAGAAGAUGGUUGGGGAAGAGUUUGGCCAACUCCAUCAUCCUUUCCGGUUCUGCUGGCCAAACUUUCAUCUGUGCCCUGUGGUUGGGUAUUUCUCCUCCAUUCCCUGACUCUGAUCUGCACUCCCAGCCUGGAGAGAUCAUCCUUCAAUGCAAUGAAGGCUCUGUUGGCAUGUUUUAUGCUGUCCUUGGCUAUAUGUGCCUCCUAGCUGUCAUUUGCUUCAUUAUGGCUUUCCUGGCCAGGAAUCUGCCUGGGGCAUUCAACGAAGCCAAGCUAAUCACCUUCAGCAUGCUUGUCUUCUGCAGUGUCUGGAUUUCCUUCCUGCCCACCUACCUGAGUACCAAAGGAAAGUCCAUGGUGGCUGUGCAGGUCUUCUCCAUUUUGGCCUCUGGUGCUGGGCUACUUGUUUGUAUCUUCUUCCCCAAGUGCUAUAUUAUCAUCCUCAGGCCAAAUCUAAAUACUAAGGAACAUCUCAUUAUAAAAGGAGGGAAAUAACUAUGAAAUUGUUUUUUAGGCUCAUACUAUUUAAUUAUCCAUUGCAGUUCGUUUGGGUUUAGACCUCUAUAAAGUAUGCAAAAGAGACUAUCAACCAACCCAAGAGGCACAAAAAGACCCCAGCACCUCUCCACCAAUAAGCAGCACCCAGAUCAAUAUAGAUUAACUCCAAGGUUAACAUGAGACCAACAAUCAAGUAAACAAUACCCCAA